CUCCACCCACCCUCGCGCUCCCGUAAGGCGGGCACAAGCCGUCCCCGCCACGCAGAGCCAGCGCAGGAGGCUGGGCUCCAGCACACGGCUUGAGAUGCAUUGUUCCUGUGGGGAGGCUUGGAGCUGGAGGUGGCGGCGAGGGUGGAGACGGCGAGGGUUGGUGGCUGCGAAGCCCCUCCAUCUCGGGCCUCUCACCGUCUCCCUUCGCGCCGCGGGGCUGUAGGAAGCGGGCUCAGCGGCUCUCCAAAGCCCCCUGCUGUCCUCCGUCGCUCGCCUCCCUUCGCGAACCGUUGGGCUGAGCACAGGCGGGGGCAGGGCAGCUCAAGCGCCUCCAAGGGGCUGGUGAUGCCCACAGCUGGGAAGGGGCAGUCGGCGCUGGCGCCCUCGCCAGGUAACCCCGACCCUGCCCGCCCGGCGCGGAGCUGUCCAAAGAGGGCGGCGACCCGCAGGAGCUGUCCGUGGUUCUGAAACCCGCUGCGCGGGAGCCGAGUCAGCUAAAGGCGCGCCGCUGCCCUCCGGAAUCCCCGUCUGCUCCCAUCGGCGAGUUCCAGCCCAGCGCCUCCUCCAGCGCGGAGCUGUCCAAAGACGGCCGCAACCGCGGGCUCUCUCCCUGGUGCUGAAAAGCCUUGCGAGAGGAGGAGCUCCAGGAAGGGACUUUGAACGGAGCACCUUUGCCCUCCCUGGUCCCUGCCUCCUCCUGGCCCUGCUGCUCCCAUCGGUCGGUUCCAGCCCAGCGCCUCCUCCUCCUCCCGCCCGGAUCCAGUUGCAGGACGACUAAGCUACUAGAUCUGGUUGAGAAAGGGGACCCAGCCGCAUCUGCCUUUCCAGGAGCCAUGGCUGCGCUAACGAAGGUGGCCGCCGCCUCUUCCCUGCUGGUGGUGGUCCUCUGCGUGGGUGUCUGCUCUUCAGUCUGCGUUGAAGUACCGUCAGAGACAGAGGCAGUCCAAGGGUCGCGCAUGAAGCUGCUGUGUAUCUCCUGCAUGAAGCGAGAGGAGGUUUCUGCCAACACUCUGGUUCAGUGGUACUAUAAGGCCGAAGGGGGCAUAGAUGAGCCUAUAUACAAGUACGAGAAUGAGAAGCAGGAACUUGGGAGCCGCUUCCGUGGUCGGCUCCAAUGGGACGGGAGCAUAGACAUGCAGGAUGUGUCCAUCUCCGUGCUCAACAUCUCUUUGAAUGAUUCGGGGAUCUACACCUGCAAUGUCACUCGGGAAUUCAACUUCGAGGUUCAUCGCCCAGUUGUCACCCGCUCUACACUGAUCCGCCUCACGGUGGUGGAGGAGGCACAAUAUAGAACAUCUGCAGAUGGGGAAAGUAAAGAAACAGGAAACAAAAGGAGAGCCUGUCAGGGUUCCAGGAUGGGCACAGACAUAGCUCUGUUUGUCCCAAGCGAAGUAUGUCAUCUGAGCGACUCUGCAUGUUUGCGCAUGCGCUAAGGAGAACAUAUAGAAUCAUAGAAUAGGGUUGGAAGGGACCCCAGGGGUCAUCUAGCCCAACCCCCCUCAAUUGCACCUAAAGUGCAUGUGCAAAUGUCAGCCUUAUUGCCAAUUGUGUGGUAGGUGGCACCACAAAGUCUUCUAAGAGAUGGUAGAACCUCAGUUGUCUCACCCAGUUCUAGUGGUGAUCCGAAAUCACUGCUUUCACCUCAUUUAGCUUCUCUACAUUUUUUGCUUACUCAAAAGCUCUGAUCCUCCCAACACUUGGGAGUGUUUGAUUAUAAUGUGCAUUGCAUCGUGUUCUGUGUAAGUGUUUCAUCCAGAUUGUAAAGAAUGACAUGGGGGCACUAUGGUCUAUGGAAAAAGAAAUUCUAUACAUUGCUCUGCAAAUAGCCUGAGGUUGUACUGUUCUACUGAGGUGGUGGUACAGUGGGAUCCUUGCUCAGUUUGCAGCCACCAGCUGGCGAAUGGGAACUGUGUGUGUUUAGGUUCCUGGCUGCAGGAUACCAGUAAUUUUCCAGCUGGCACAAUCCAUUCCAUAAGAGCCGAUAGGCAUGCAACUGCCUACUGAGCUGGUAGAGCUUACAGUCGGAGCCAUAAAAGAGAGCCACUCAGUUUCUGCAUGGCAAAUUGCUUCCAUAUAGGAAGAUAUAGAAAACCACACAAGCUCACAGGUUUCCAAAAGAUGGUUGCAAAGCAGGACACCCUGUUCUGUGCCCCACAAAGGUGGCUUUGCUCACGUGGAUCUUUCCCUUUCUUGUCCCC